UCCAGCUUCAUCCGCAAAGGAGCGUCGGCCAGGCUUGUCAGGGCGCCCCCAGUCCCUCCCCAGGCCGCGAGCGCGCCUGCCGCGCUGCCCGGCCUCCCCUCCCAGCCGGCAGGGACAGCACGCGGUAACUGUGAGUGGAGCGGAGGACCCGAGGGGCCGAGGAGAGAGGCGGCGGCGGCUCAGCUGCUACGGGGUCCGGUCGGCGCCCUCCGGAGGGGGCGCAGGAGGAGAAGGGAGGACCCGCGCGAGAAUGCCUCUGCCCUGGAGCCUUGCGCUCACGCUGCUGCUCCCCUGGGUGGCAGGUGGUUUCGGGAACGCGGCCAGUGCCAGGCAUCACGGGUUGCUAGCAUCGGCACGUCAGCCUGGGGUCUGUCACUAUGGAACUAGACUAGCCUGCUGCUACGGCUGGAGAAGAAACAGCAAGGGAGUCUGUGAAGCUACAUGCGAACCUGGAUGCAAGUUUGGUGAGUGCAUGGGACCAAACAAAUGCAGAUGCUUUCCAGGAUACACUGGGAAAACCUGCAGUCAAGACGUGAAUGAGUGUGGAAUGAAACCCCGGCCAUGCCAACACAGAUGUGUGAAUACACAUGGAAGCUACAAGUGCUUUUGCCUCAGUGGCCACAUGCUUAUGCCAGAUGCCACGUGUGUGAACUCUAGGACAUGUGCCAUGACAAACUGUCAGUACGGCUGUGAAGACACAGAAGAAGGGCCACAGUGCCUGUGUCCAUCCUCAGGACUCCUCCUGGCCCCAAAUGGAAGAGUCUGUUUAGAUAUUGAUGAAUGUGCCUCUGGUAAAGCCAUCUGUCCCUACAAUCGAAGAUGUGUGAACACAUUUGGCAGCUACUACUGCAAAUGUCACAUUGGUUUUGAACUGCAAUAUAUCAGUGGCCGAUAUGACUGUAUGGAUAUAAACGAAUGUACAAUGGAUAGCCAUACGUGCAGCCACCAUGCCAAUUGCUUCAAUACCCAAGGGUCCUUCAAGUGUAAAUGCAAGCAGGGAUAUAAAGGCAAUGGACUUCGGUGUUCUGCUAUCCCUGAACAUUCUGUGAAGGAAGUCCUCAGAGCACCUGGUACCAUCAAAGACAGAAUCAAGAAGUUGCUUGCUCACAAAAACAGCAUGAAAAGGAAGGUAAAAAUUAAAAAUGUUACCCCAGAACCCACCAGUACUCCUACCCCUAAGAUGAACUUGCAACCCUUCAACUAUGAAGAGAGUGUUUCCAGAGGCAGAAACUCUCAUGGAGAUAAAAAAGGGAAUGAAGAGAAAAUGAAAGAGGGGCUUGAGGAGGAGAAAAGAGAAGAGAAAGCCCUGAAGAAUGACAUAGAGGAGCGAAGCCUGCGAGGAGAUGUGUUUUUCCCUAAGGUGAAUGAAGCAGGUGAAUUUGGUCUGGUUCUGGUCCAAAGGAAAGCACUAACUUCCAAACUGGAACAUAAAGUAGACAACUUAUUGCCUAUUUUCCUGAUCGUUUUUGAAGCAGAACGUGGCAAGGGCAAAACCGGAGAAAUCGCAGUGGAUGGCGUCUUGCUUGUUUCAGGCUUAUGUCCAGAUAGCCUUUUAUCUGUGGAUGACUGAAUGUUACUAUCUUUAUAUUUGACUUUGUAUGUCAGUUCCCUGGUUUUUUUGGUAUUGAAUCAUAGGACCUCUGGCA